CCCAUCCAGCGAGUGAGCUCCGCAAGCUCCAACUGCUUCUUCCCUCCACAACCUUCCGUCGCCAUGGCUCUCUGUGGGCGUCUGGCACGUCGCGCGCCUGCUCUCACAGGCCAAUUCCGCUCCAUUGGCCCCUCGCUCGCAUCUCGAUCUUUUGUUUCUCGCGCGUCGAGGCCUCUGACCGCCCUCAAGACUCCAACUGAGUCACAGCACGCCGCAUACAGACAGCUGCGUGCCUUCACAAAGGUUUCGGCCUCCUUCAACAAGACCCAAGAGGCCCCUAAUGCCCAGGCCUACCUCAACAGCGGCGCAAUCGCGGGCGCUCGCGAUCUCGUUGACGUCAAGAAGGUUUUGGUCAUUGGCAGUGGAGGUUUGAGCAUCGGUCAAGCUGGCGAGUUCGACUACUCUGGAUCCCAAGCUCUCAAGGCUCUCAAGGAGGCUGGUGUUCACUCUGUGCUCCUCAAUCCUAAUAUUGCGACCAUCCAAACCUCGCACGUGCUCGCCGACGAAAUCUACUACUUGCCCGUUACCCCCGAAUAUGCCGAAUACGUCAUCCAGAAGGAGAAGCCUGACGGCAUCUUCCUCAGUUUUGGUGGGCAGACCGCUCUGAAUCUUGGUGUGCAAAUGAACAAGAAGGGCAUUUUCGAAAAAUACGGCGUAAAGGUCCUCGGAACUAGCGUGAAGACGCUUGAGACCAGUGAGGAUCGUGACUUGUUUGCGCGAGCCUUGGAUGAGAUUGAUAUUCCCAUCGCCAAGUCCAUUGCUGUGUCCUCCAUUGAUGAGGCUCUUGAGGCUGCCGAGAAGGUUGGCUAUCCCAUUAUUGUCCGCGCCGCCUACGCCCUCGGUGGUCUUGGAUCUGGGUUCGCCAACAACGCCGAGGAGCUCCGUGACCUCUCUGCGCGGUCCCUCACUUUGUCUCCUCAGAUCUUGGUCGAGAAAUCACUCAAAGGCUGGAAAGAGGCUGAAUAUGAGGUAGUCCGCGAUGCAAGCGAUAACUGCAUCACUGUCUGCAACAUGGAGAACUUUGAUCCACUUGGGGUACACACUGGUGACAGUAUUGUUGUUUCUCCUAGUCAAACGUUCAGCGACGAGGAGUACCACAUGCUCCGUUCGGCAUCUAUCAAGAUUGUACGACACUUGGGCGUUGUGGGCGAGUGCAAUGUUCAGUAUGCGCUCCAGCCUGACGGCUUAGACUACAGGGUCAUUGAGGUCAACGCUCGUCUUUCUCGCUCUUCUGCGCUUGCUUCCAAGGCUACCGGUUAUCCUUUGGCAUACACCGCUGCCAAGAUUGGCCUCGGCCACACUCUCCCUGAAUUGCCCAACGCGGUUACGAAGACCACCACCGCCAACUUUGAACCCAGUUUGGACUAUGUUGUCACGAAGAUGCCUCGGUGGGAUUUGAGCAAGUUCCAGAACGUGAAGAGGGAUAUUGGCAGUUCCAUGAAAUCGGUCGGUGAAGUCAUGGCCAUUGGACGAACUUUCGAGGAGUCGUUCCAGAAGGCAUGCCGACAAGUCGACCCCAAGUUCCUGGGUUUUGAGGGCGAAAAGUAUGGCGAGAGUCUAGACGAGGAACUCAAGAAUCCCACCGAUCGCCGAUGGCUGGCUGUUGGCCAUGCCAUGUAUGUCGAGCGCUACACGGUCGACCAGAUCCACGAGCUGACCAAAAUCGACAAAUGGUUUCUGUACAAGCUUCAGAACAUUGUCGACUGCACCUUUGAACUCGAGGAGAUAGGCAGCUUGUUCGGCCUCAAGAAGGAGGUCAUCCUAAAGGCCAAGAAGAUGGGCUUCUCCGACAAGCAGAUUGCAAAGGCCGUCAACAGCACCGAGGACGAGGUGCGCGCCCGCAGAAAGAGCUUCGGCAUCAGGCCCUGGGUCAAGAAGAUUGACACCUUGGCUGCAGAGUUCCCGGCCAACACGAACUAUUUAUACACUACCUAUAAUGCAUCGUCGCACGACGUUACCUUUGACGAUCACGGUGUCUUGGUUCUCGGCAGCGGUGUGUACCGAAUUGGAAGCUCUGUCGAGUUUGAUUGGUGCGCGGUCAAUGCUGCGCUGUCGCUGAACAAGCUUGGGAAGAAAACUGUCAUGAUCAAUUAUAACCCCGAAACUUACUCUACUGACUUCGACGUUGCCGAUAAACUGUAUUUCGAUGAGCUUAGCUACGAGCGUGUCAUGGAUAUCUACGAACUCGAGACUGCUAGCGGAGUAGUCGUCUCUGUUGGAGGCCAGCUUCCUCAGAACAUUGCCCUCAAGCUCCAAGAGUCUGGAAAGGCCAAAGUGCUUGGUACAGAUCCUGUUGAUAUUGACAAGGCUGAGGACCGCCACAAGUUUUCUUCAAUUCUUGACUCCAUUGGUGUCGAUCAGCCUGCAUGGAAGGAGCUUACCUCUUACGAGGAUGCUAAGAAAUUUGCCCAAGACGUCGGAUACCCUGUCCUCGUCCGUCCUUCCUAUGUUCUCUCCGGUGCUGCUAUGACUGUCAUCCGCAGCGAAUCUGAACUUCAGGCCAAGCUCACGGCUGCUGCCAACGUUUCCCCUGAUCACCCUGUUGUCAUUACUCAAUUCAUUGACGGAGCACAAGAAAUCGACUGCGAUGCUGUAGCCUCCAAUGGCCAGGUUCUUGUCCACGCUGUCAGUGAGCACAUAGAGAAUGCCGGUGUUCACUCUGGCGAUGCUACGCUUGUUCUCCCUUCCGUUCAUCUCGAAGACAGCAUCAAGACCCGCGUCAAGGAGAUUGCAGACAAGGUCGCCAAGGCGUGGAAUAUCACCGGACCCUUCAACAUGCAAAUCAUCAAACAAGAUGUCGAGGGUCAGGAGCCCAAACUCAAGGUCAUUGAGUGCAACCUUCGCGCUUCUCGUUCAUUUCCCUUCGUCAGCAAAGUCCUCGGAACCAACUUCAUCGAUGUUGCUACCAAGGCUCUUGUUGGCCGUGAUGUCCCCGAGCCUGUGGAUCUUAUGGCUGUCGACCGUGACUACGUCGCUACCAAAGUACCUCAAUUCUCCUGGACUCGUUUGGCUGGCGCCGACCCCUUUUUGGGUGUUGAGAUGGCAUCCACUGGUGAAAUGGCUUGCUUCGGCAAGGACCUAAUUGAAGCCUACUGGGCGUCAGUACAAUCGACCAUGAACUUCCGCCUUCCUCUUCCGGGAGAGGGACUCCUGUUUGGCGGUGAUGUUGAAUCUGGAUACCUUGUCCAAGCCGCCAAAUAUAUCCAGCCUUUGGGCUACAAGUUCUUUGCUGCUAACCAGGAUGUCAAGAACCUCCUUGAGACCAACGUUGAGGGUGCUAACGUCGAAGUUAUUGAAUUCCCCAAGCAGGAUAAGAGAGCACUCCGCGAGGUAUUUGAAAAGUACGAUAUCCGCGGUGUCUUCAAUCUGGCCAAAUACCGCGCCAGCUCCUUGGUGGAUGAGGACUACGUGAUGAGGCGCAAUGCUGUCGACUUCGGCGUGCCCCUCUUCAUGGAACCCAAGACCGCUGUUCUGUUCGCUCAAUGUAUGAACGAGAAGCUGCCCAAGAAGGGUGGCAUUCCAUCUGAAGUCAGGUCUUGGAGUAACUUUGUCGGUGGCCGACCAUUGUAAACAACACUGGCUGAUUCCGACAACGGCAUGAUGUCAUUACUAGUUGACGCAGUAAAGAACCAGUAAACAUGUAAAAAAAGUGCGGUAUUGUGCCGAAAAACCGAACAAUCUUACCGUAGCUAUACAGCAUAACAAGAAGAUGCGGACCACAGCAUCGCAGAUCUGCAAGAGAGAAAGCACGGAACGGCGUCGUACCCCUGUAGCAGAGUGGGUGUGUGUUUUUUACAUCAUGUAUGAAGAGAAGAAGGAUAUUCUGGUGUAUUUCUGAUUUAUUGUGCGGCGAGCGAUGUUAUACUAUUUCCCUUCUACCUACUCUCUAUUCCACUCCUCUGUUUGAUCUAUGUAGUCUGUCUGGGUAUUUUUUCAAAAAAGCAAAGGAAGGCUGGUUUGGAAAACUUGGAGUUUCUUCUUUACAUUUAUUGGCUUCCUACCUCAUUUUAGUUCGCAAGUACUACAGAGAAGAAAGGAAUGAAAAUUGUGAUCAAAUUAAUCAAUCAAUCAAUCGAGUAUUAAAGUCCUCUGUCGGACGAAUGAUACACAGUCGCCAAAGCAUUACCUGCAUAGACUGGUUCUCACCGUACCAUCCCAUCCCCAUUUGUGUAUAUAUUCGUCGGCAGCUACAUUUACGGCUACAAGUAAUUUCUGCUAUUUCUAACUUAUCAAAUUCCACACGCGUUGUUGUGCAUUGUUUACUUCUUUGUGCGGACACAUCAGUUCCGUUAUCAUCACUCAACAUGUGUUCAGUCUUGGGUCAUUGGACAGAUCGCUAUGUUGUGGUAGCUGUGUAGUGCCGAAUCUCAUAGAUUGCGAUGAGUUUAGAUCCCAUUAAUUUUUUCAUGCGUUUGUAGAUGUAAAGUUGCAAACAACUCUGCCUUGACAUCUGCCUCUUACCGUUACUCUGCCCGUUCACGAGCCUAGACUAUACUUCCCCUUGCUUGCCCUGCAUUAAGGGCACGUAUGAUGCUCGAGAACAUGAAGGACUUGUCAUUCCAUCUUGCUCACACUACCGCCG